AGCGUGUAAACGGGGGGAUGCGGAAACCUCGUCUCGCUCCCUAUAAAAAUAAAUCGUCUAUCUAGUUUUUUUCUUCACUUCCUCUCUCUUCAGCUUUCUCUUAUACUUCAAUUUUCCUCUCUUCAAAACACUCAUCAUGAACUCGCGCAACCAACUCUUUUCCCUCCUCUCUCUUUUCUUAAUCCUAUGUCUCUCAGGCCAAAGGGUGAUGCAAGCAGAGGCUCGCCAUCAUCAUCAUCACCAUCACCAUCACCUAACAAAAUUGUUUGUUUUCGGAGACUCCUAUGCCGACACAGGCAACGUUCAGAAAAGUGUAUCAACUUCAUGGAAAGACCCUUAUGGCAUCACCUUUCCCGGCAAGCCCGCCGGAAGAUUCUCCGACGGUAGAGUCCUCACCGAUUUCAUUGCAAAGCAUUUGAAAGUGAAAUCGCCAAUCCCAUACAGAUUGAGGAAAGUGAUACCGAAUCAUCUGAAAUAUGGGAUGAACUUUGCGUUUGGGGGCAGUGGUGUGUUUAAGACGUCGUUUCCACUCCCAAACAUGACAACCCAGAUCGAUUUCUUUCAGCAACUCAUCGAAAAAAGAGUGUACAGUGCCUUAGAUCUCACAAAAUCAGUGGCCCUCGUCUCUGUCGCUGGAAAUGACUACAGUUAUUACUUGGCAACAAAUGGAUCUGCUGAGGGUUUGCCAGCUUACGUGGGCGCAGUGGUGAGUCAGACAGUGAAGAAUCUGAUUCGCAUAAAAGGGUUGGGAGUGAAGAAAAUAGUGGUGGGUGGUCUACAACCCCUAGGAUGCCUUCCCUCGAUCACAGUGGCAACCUCGUACGAACGUUGCAACGAGACCACAAACGCCCUCGUACUUCUCCACAACUCUCUAUUGAGCGAAGCAGUGAGCAAACUGAACAAACGAAGCAUGGAGCCAUCCACCUUCCUAGUCCUCAACCUCUACGAGAGCUUCUUGUCGGUGCUGAAACAGAAACAGAAAGACCCUUCGACCCACCACAUUGGCAACAAGUUGAAACCGUGCUGCGUGGGAGUGAGCAGCGGGUACACGUGUGGGGACGUGGACAAGAACAAGGUUAAGAUGUAUAGGGUUUGUGAUGACCCUAAAUCUGCUUUCUUUUGGGACCUUGUGCACCCCACGCAGGCUGGAUGGCAUGCAGUCUAUAACAAGUUGCGAACCAUGAACACUCUUCAACACAUUCAUUUCGACCAUGCCUAAAACUAAUGCAUGCAUGCGUCCCUUUCUUCGUUAAGUUCCUCCCCCACAUACUCUUUUCUCUUCUUUCUUUCAACUCACUGCAAUGUGCAAAUACAAUCUUCUCUUUUCCUCCAUGCUAGCUGCAACAAAUUAAUUU